AUGAAUCUUUAUGGAGCUGACUUUUCAUCAGUGAGCGGCGGUGUAGGCGGAUAUGGAACCUCAGGUUAUACAACUGAAACUACAGCAGUUCAACGAUAUGCAACGGAUGCCCAAGGAUUAUAUCAAGAUUCAAAUCCACAAGUGAUUCGUAGACCAGCACCAGGCGGUGGUGUCACAUAUAAACAAAACAUCCUAGUUCGAUUCUUACAACCACCACCCGUUCCACCAACCAGGUCCAUUGAUCAUCAAAGAAGUUCGACCACCACAGCCACCAGCGCCACCACCGCUCGUUGUACGUCAACGCGCCCCAGCACCACCCCAAGUGAUAUUAUCAUUGAGCGAUGGAUCCCAUAUGGCGCGCAAGCGAAACGAAGAACAAUUGUUCAACGUGCAGGUGCCGCCCAACAAUACAGAGCCCCACGAAAUGUCAUCAUUCAAUAUGAACCUAUUCAAGCUCGUAUUGUUCGACAAUUUCAACGACUUGGAGUUCAAGCAGAAAAUCCAGCAGUAUAUGUUCAACGUUGGGGAGCUCAAUUACGUGACAGUGUGACACUUCUUCAAGAAGCACGAUCAGCCGGAGUUGUUGAAGACAUCAUGUUUGAUCGUUCUGUGUUAGCAAAAAUGAUAUCGCUUUUGAAUGUGUCCUUUGGAGCUGAGUACGCAGGUGCCGGUGUGGGUGCUGGUUUAGGUGCUGGCGAAGGUUUCAGUUCAUCUUAUGAAUCUAGUUCCUCAUAUGGCACUGGAGCAGCCGGUUUAGGUGGCUUGGGAGCAGCUGGCUUGGGAGUAGCUGGCUUAGACGCUGGAGCUGGUGGUUAUGGAAGUUCUUCAUUUGAAUCGUCGUCGUAUUCAACGUCAGCCGGUGAUUUGGGAGGAGUUGGUUUAGUUGGUGGAUAUGGAGGAGGAUUUGAUGCAGGAUUAAGUGGUUCGUCAAGUUAUUCAUCGUCAUCAUACGGAACUGGAGUUGGAGGUGUUGAUGCAGCCUUUCAAACAGCAAUAUAG